CUGCCCUGCUUGCAAUUCCUGCUCUUCAUGCCAGAGCCUGCAGCUGUCUCUGUUGCGUCCCACUGCCGCUGUUGUGGGAAAAUCGUCGCCCCCUUCAUGACGAAUCGACGGCCGAGUUCUUUUCCCCUUGAAGUGCCAGCGCAAACCUGAAGGAUAUCGCAACUUUUAAACAAUUUCCAAAACUGUUAGGAGACUGAAUGAAGACACCUGACAGCUCCUUAACGCCCCAUCCGCGUGUUGACUGACAUCUUUGCAACUGUGAAGGGUAUAGGAAUGUGGAAUACAAGUCUAUCUCAGCGUAAAAGGACCUGCCUCUGCCCCUGACACCAUGACCACAGACCUGAACUUGACCUCCCUGCUGAAUGUCACAGAUCUCCACAAUCAGACAAGAGGAUGUUCCCUCACCAAGACAGGUUUCCAGUUCUACUACCUGCCCACUGUUUACAUCAUGGUCUUCAUCACGGGGCUGGUGGGCAACAGUCUUGCCAUUUGGAUGUUUGUGUGCCACAUGAGACCCUGGAGCAGCAUCUCCGUCUACAUGUUCAACCUGGCCCUGGCUGACUUCUGCUACGUCCUCUCACUGCCCUUCCUCAUCUUCUACUACUUCAACAAAACGGACUGGAUAUUUGGGGAUCUGCUGUGCCGCCUCCAGCGUUUUAUAUUCCAUGUGAAUCUUUACGGGAGUAUCCUGUUUCUGACCUGCAUCAGCGUUCACAGGUACACUGGGGUCGUGCACCCGCUGAAGUCUCUGGGCCGUCUGAAGAAGAAAAAUGCAGUUAUUACCAGCGCGUUGGUGUGGGUGGUGGUUGUCAUAGCUAUCUCCCCCAUCCUUUAUUAUUCCAGGACCGGCCUGAAGCGUAAUGCAACCACUUGUUAUGACACCACCACUGAGGAUGAGUUACCCGGUUAUUUUAUCUACAGCAUGACUUUGACUGUGUUUGGGUUCUGCAUCCCCUUUAUCAUCAUAUUUUGUUGCUAUGGCAUGAUCGUCAAAGCGCUAAUCUACAAUGACAUGAACAACGCGCCCCUGCGGCAGAAAUCUAUCCACUUGGUCAUCAUCGUGCUUGCGGUCUUCGCCGUCUCCUACCUGCCUUUCCACGUGAUGAAGAACCUCAACAUGAGGGCCAGGCUGUACUUCCAGAGUCCUGACAUGUGUGAUUUUAAUAACCGUGUCUACGCCACCUACCAGGUGACACGGGGGCUGGCCAGCCUCAACAGCUGCGUGGAUCCUAUUCUUUACUUCCUGGCCGGAGAUACCUUCAGGAGGAAGCUGUCGAAGGCCACUAAAAAACCCUCCAGGAAGGGGGACAAUGUCCUUCAGUCUAAGAGCGAGGAGACGGCGCUCAACAGCCUGGCUGAGUAUGUGGAGAAUGGGGACCGGAGGCUGUGACAGAGCACCUCUGUGGGCUUGGUCAUGGGUGUGGAUUUGUAUUAGUUCAAGAAACCAUGGUGGACUUCGUAUUGAAUGACUAAAUGCACUGUGUGGACUGAAGGCUGUGUGUAAAAUUGAAUGGAUGAUCAUAGAACUGUAGGAUAAAUGCUCCGUAUUUAACCUUGUGAUAACCAUCGCUCACUUGCAGCUUGUCGAUGUUGAUAAGCUAUUGUACUGUAUUGUCCUGAACAUGUAUUGUACUAAAUAUUAGAGCCAUCACUCUUCAUUUUUAUUGAGUAGUUAGUGUUGCUUACACUUUGGACAAAAUGAACAUUAUGACCAGGCAAGCUGGGGGGAAAUACGUUUCCCUACAAGCUAUAAUGUCCUGUUCAUCAAUUUGUUCCAGAAAAAUAGGUCUGAGAAUGGAUAGCACCUUCUCUAGCCACCGAGCUGAUGCUUAAUCAAUAGCUAUUAAGCAGGUGAGAGCUCGUGGUUAAGGAAGUGUACCUGGACUGGCUUUUAGAGGAAAAAGUAAAUGCACUGAACUUGAGAUUGCUGCAUGGAUGUGCCAUGUAGACACUGUAAUGCACUAUGACCGAGGAGUCUCUGCUCAGAGCGCUACCUAUCACUCCUCAUUUCUUUAACCAUCUAUUACUGACUGGGCGAGGAAUGUGUUUGACUAGUUUUUCAUUUUGACAGCUCUGAGGUUGAGGUCUGUAACAGCCCUCUUACCACAAUCUUUCUCUCCUUGUUCCUUACAGAAAAAAACAAGAAGAUAAUACAUACAGUAUUUUUGUGUAUACAAUACAACAAUGAAUGUUUUUUUUUUUUUUUUUUUUUUUUUUUUAGGUGUACUGUACAGGAUGUUGUGACGUUCCAGAUUAGCUUGUGUUGUUAACUGUUUUUGUUCAAGUCAGUAUCACUAAUCCAGACCUUAAGUGCAUGAGUCCAGCAUCACGUACCAUCAGUGAAACACUGACUAACCACGGCAGGUUCUAACUACUCAAGUGUUUCUUGCAACAUAGGGAAUACAUAAUAGCUUUCAAAUAAUGAGCAGAACACACACACACACACACACACACACUCAGUCACCUACUUUGUGACUCCAUCAACAUAUUGAAGACUUGUUUGUAUGAGAUACCUCAAAGUAAAUACUGCACUGUGUUCAUGUUUUGACAGAUAAUCAUUUGUCUUUUGUAUCUGUAGUAAUCACUCUGGAGAAAUGAUUAUGGAGCUCUCUCUGUACAUAUUUUACCCUGGACUACGUAGAUGUUUGAUGUCUGUACUAAUACCUUUGUAAAUCUGUAUGUGGUCGGCUAUUUGUCAAGAAAGGAACUGAAUCAAGUGGAUAUGUGGGGCCACGUGUAUCUUUGUCAAUAAAUUUUUAUAUUUAAAACUUCCCAGA